UUAACAACCGGUGGGGCAGACAUGACGUCGCCGAUGUAUCAUUUCCCCCGUCAUCGAUUUAGGAUCCUUCUGCAUAAAAAGCUUCACGUUAAUCGCAUUUGACAUGUCUGAAGGACAUACGAGCCGAUACCGCCCAUUGCUCCCUGGCUUGAUGCGUGGAAGUCCCCCUGAGGCCCCAUCACCAAGACUCGCAAUUCAUAAGCGUUCAGCUGUCAAGAUAGCCUGCGAAGGUUGCAGGCAACGCAAGGCUAAGUGCGAUGGAAAGCGCCCCAGAUGUUAUACGUGCUUCGCGGCCGGACGAGAAUGUCGAUAUGCUGCUUCUCCAGAUAAACUUCAGGCGGCUGCCAUGCAGCGAAAAAAUGAUCUGCUUGAGGAGCGGAUAGUUGAACACGAAAAUCUGUACGAAUCGCUCCAGACGCGGCAACCGGAGGAAGCGCAAGAGAUACUUCGCCGGAUCCGGGCUGGGAAGGACAUCAAAUCUGUGACUGAGAACUUCCAAGAAGGGGGCCAACUUCUGCAGCUGACUUCUCCUAUGGCAUCCCACGCUCCGCUGUCGACAAGUUCAGGCGCUACACCUUCGAAUCCUGUGACUGGGAAUACUGAGACUGGCAGUCUUGGCUUCGUUAGUUUGCAAGCAGACUAUCUAGGGAGCGGGCAGCGAUUUAUCCAUUGUGACCCUCCACGCGCUAGGCUUACUUCACGAUACGAACAUCCCGAGUAUAUUUUCGAAAAGUCUUGGCGAAACACGCAACAUAGAUACGCUGAGAAUAGCGUAUUUGUCGACUUGCCAGGAUAUACCCUUCCAAUUUCAAAGUGGACAACAGUCUCAAAUGACGAUACACUCUUGAGUCACCUAUUGCUGCUAUUCUGGACAUGGGACACGAUUGGUAACCGGGUUAUUGACCGGAUUAUGUUCGAAGAGGACCUGAAAACCCUGAAUCCUAACACACCAAGCCAGCCUAAUGAGCUGCGUUUCUGCUCUCCAUUUCUUGUCAACGCACUUUUAGCCGUCAGCUGUGUGUACACGACAAACCAGGCGACCUUUCUCCUGUCGAACGAUCCAAACACCCGAGGCCAGGCUUUUGCCAGAGAGGCGGCAAGGCUAUUGCCUCUAGAGGAUACCAGCCCAUCUUUGGCGGUAGCACAGGGUCUGGCAUUAAUGAACACCUACGAGGCAGCCCUGGGCAAUGGGGAGACAGCAUUGAGUUAUCAUAGUCGCAUGCAAGCGAGAUACCUGGCGCUUCGAUUGGACAAUGUGAGGCGUUCCACUGACGCCGCUAUCGCAGGAGCACGCCAGCGCAGAGAGGCACAUGCCUUGUCAUGGAUUUCAUGGGGAUUCUAUGUUUGGGAUUGGAAGCUAAUGCACGGCCUUUGUCGCCGUCUCAGCAUCAAGAAACCAAACAGAUCAAAGACGUGGCAAGACGAAGCCACGUCACCAUUAUGCAGCAAAGACAACCCUGAUUACUGGUGGUUUCCCUACCCCGUUUCAGUAGUGCCUCAGAAGUCUAUGAAGAGGGAGAUCUUUGCCGCGGAAUGCAACCUGGCGGAGAUCACGGAACAAGUUCUCGAGUUCCUCAUAUCGUUAGAGGACGGUAUUGCGCCUCGUUGCAACAUAGAGAGAGCCCUGGAACUCUAUACAAAGAUUGUUAAAUGGAAGUUUUCUUUUCCGGAGCGACUCAAAGUGGAGAAUGUGGUGCUGCCAGCCGCUAUCGUACUUCACCUCACCGCCGAACUCAUAAUCAUCAGUAUGCUCCGGCCAUUCGCGGGUUUAUCCAAGGAAGAUUUUGGGCCAUUUGAUCCAGUCACAACGUCUUACGCACACGCAAGCAAUGCCAUAUCGGCGAUAUGGCAUUUCCGAGCCCUGUACACCCUUCGCAAUGAGUACUGGAUGAUUCAAGCCAGUUCAGUCUGCGCUUUCCGUGUAGUAUUAGCCAUAGAGUCUAGCCCGAUCCAACUUGAGACGUUCGUCAAGGCGUACCAAGCGUUGGCCGAGCUGGGGGGGUCGUUUCCGGUCGCUAAGGACGUCAUGCUAUCGAUAAAAUCUGUUGUGAAGAAGCAAAGGCUUAGGGUCCCGUCUUGCGCGCAAAAGCAUUUAUCUAACCAAGUUGAAGAUAAAGAAGAUAGUGUGAUAGAGCCUACAGUUGUCAAGAUUUUAGAUCAUAGUGUUAUCGUCAAGAAGGCGGAUCUAGAGGAUUAUACAGGCCAGCUGACAUUGUCAGGUUUGCUUUCGUCAAUGGCACCAAUAGAUAUAGGUCCUGAUUAGGCAGAAGGCCAAGGCAUGAGAGUACUGAUUUCACCGUCUUUGUGACUAGCUGUGCAACCUCGGGUGAGUCCUGCCCUCGAAGAUCCUCCGCUGCGGUUUCCUUCCAAUAGCCUGUUUGAAUCACCCUA